AAAGAAUUCUGCCAAGUAAAUUGAUCGGCUACUGAAAUUGAAUAAUAUAUAAAUAAAACCUUUGACAUAAAAAUUUUUAAAUAAUAAUUAGGACAUAAAAAAAAUGGAACAGUCAGAUAAUACAUGUAAUAGAGAUUCUUUUGACCCAAUUCCAAAAUUAAAAUCUAGUCCCGUACCGAUUUUGUUUGUUCCAUUUAAUCAAGACGAUGAAAAUUGUUUUAAUUGUGGAAAUAAAUACUUCAAACCGCUUUUAAUUCAACAAAAAUAUUGUGAAAAUUGUCUAUCGAAAUAUGUCACUAGUAUAACUGAUAAUGAAAUGUAUUUAGAUGUACAUAUAAGUACGAAAGAUGUUCAUUGUAAAGAACAUGAAACAAGUAGAGAUAAAAACUUUUGUACAUUAAAAAUUCAAGAAUGGUGUAAAAAUUGUUCAAUAAUUUCAUGGUUUAAACAAAUAGUUUCACAUCCUUUAAUACCACACUUUUAUGCCAUUGAUAUUGAAAAACAGAAUAAAGUAAUUGAAAUUGAAGAAGAUUGUAAAUUAUGUGGAAAAUUAAUUCAACGAUUUUCUGAAUUUUAUAAAUUUAGAAUUUGUUCGGAUUGUUAUCAUAUUUCUUCCGGAUGGAUAAAGUCAGCGUAUAAAAAAUAUAUUCCAAUUCUUUAUUUACCUUGGUGGGACACAGCUAAUAAAUGUAUGACUUGUGGUAAUUUGAACCUAAUAUUUUCUUCGAAUUCUCAAAAAUGGUGUCCAAGUUGUUAUACACUUUAUGCUGGAUGUAGAUAUUGUCUGACGACAAAUAUUAUAUUUGGGCUUACAUAUCAAUCUCAAUGUAGGAAAUGCGAAAGAAUAAUAUACAUUUCUUCUGAUAUUUUAAAGAGCAGUAGUGGACAUGAUGACAUAGAUGAGUUUCUCCAUUGCGUACGUAUUAAUAUUAAAACAAUUCAUAAAAUUGCAAAUUAUGAAGAUAAUAUUAAUAAAGAUCAUAACUUGCUAAACGUUUAUGAAUUGAUGACUUGCGUGGUUUUCCGCCUAGAAUUAAGUAUCCAAUGGAUUCCAUAUUCACAAAUAACAAUUUUAAAUGAAAUAGCAAAAGGAGGAUAUAGUAUUGUUUAUAAAGCAAUCUGGUCACACAGCGAAAGUAUGUAUAAAUCAUAUUAUUAUGAAUAUAAUAGAGGGGAACUUCAAGUUGCUCUAAAAAAAUUUCUAAAUUCACGAGAUGUUAAAAAAUAUUUUUUAAAUGAGUUAAAAUCACAUUACGUUCAUAAUUAUUGUGGAAACAUUAUUUUGUGUUAUGGCGUUACAAUGGACCCUGCAACAAAUGAUUAUAUGUUAGUUAUGCAAUAUGCAAAUGGAGGAACUUUACAUAAUUACUUACAAAUUCAUUUUUCAGCUAUUACAUGGAAAGAAAAAAUAUGGAUAAUAUAUAGAAUAUCAGACGGACUUCGAAUAAUUCAUGCAGCGAAUUUUGUACAUCGAGAUUUUCAUAGUGGAAAUAUAUUAUACACCAAUAGUAAAUAUGAAGUUAUUUAUGCUGAUUUGGGGGAACAUGCAAAAGUACGAUGGCACAUUGGAGAUCUAGGAUUAUCACACCCUGCAAAUGAUAGUUUAUUCAAUAAAGAAAUAUAUGGAGUAAUACCUUAUAUUGCACCAGAAAUAUUUAAAGGAGCUAAAUUUUCACAAGCAUCAGAUAUUUAUAGUCUAGGUAUGAUCAUGUGGGAAUGUACAACAGGAUGUAAACCUUUUGCUAAUAUUGAACAUGAUCAUAAUCUUGUUUACAAUAUUAUUGAUGGAAAGCGUCCUGAAAUUACAGAAGAUACUCCUGAAUUUUUGGCUAAUUUGAUGAAAAGAUGUUGGGAUUCGGAUCCUAAAAAUAGACCUACUGCAUGGGAAAUUAAAAAUUCAAUUUAUAGUGAUAGUGCAUGGAAAUUUAGUAAUUAUGAAGCUUUACGAUUACAAGAAGCCGAGCAAAAACGGUUAGAGUUAAUACGAUUAAAGAAACUUGGUCCUGAAUUUAUUGAAAAACCUCAUUCAAAAGCAAUUUAUACAAGCAGACCUUUAAGUUCUUUGUAUACUAAUUCUUCUAAUUCUUUAAUCAAAAGUUUAUUUUCAGUAAAUUCAUUAAAUACAAAACAAGGAUACAUUUCGCGAGAAUAUGAAUUUGAUAUAAAAGGAUCUCAAAGGUAAUUUUAUAAAAGAAAGACCUUAAAAUCAAAUAUUUUAAGCACGACUGAUUAAUAGUUUAUUUUUAAAUUAAGCUCCUCUUUAACAGA